UGGGUCAGGCAGAUUCGAGGCAGGUCGAGUCAGGCCGAGACUCGAGAGUCGUCCAGGCGUUUUCGGCACGAAGCAGUCCCUUGGAAACCACCCCGAAGCCCGUCGUCGUUUCGCCACUUGGUCGACAUUCUACCCUUAAAAGUCCACGCUCACGCCAAAGCGAGAGCACAACACCCGUUGAAAUCGUGAAGUCGAAGCACUCGGCCGCGAAGGAAAGCCUAAAGAAGCAGUAGACGGGAUUAAGGACUGUUGAGGCGAGGGACACAAGCAGAGACAUGGACAAUGUGCAAAUGAUCGGCACUAAAAUAACAGCAAUCAAGGAAUACUUAUAUAAUUUCGCACGAACGCACUCACCCACCAGACUAAUGAGCUCCGAAAACAACUACUCGCUCUCCAAGGAGCAUUGCAACCUGAAGUAUUCGGACAUCCUGCCACACAAUGUAGAAGGCUACCCUGCGACCAGAGAGUUCCUCAUGAAGGUGGUGGAUAUCCUGUUGGACUUCGUCAAAUCGACAAACGAUAGGAAUGCGAAGAUCCUCGACUUUCACCAUCCCGCCGACAUGAUGCGGCUUUUAGAUCUGGAGAUCCCCGACACCGGGUUGACUCUUCAGCAGCUUCUGCUGGAUUGUUCGAUGACUCUGAAGUAUCAAGUGAAAACCGGACACCCCCAUUUUUUCAAUCAACUAUCCUGCGGCCUCGACUUGGUGUCCAUGGCCGGCGAGUGGCUAACCGCGACGGCGAACACGAACAUGUUCACCUACGAGAUCGCUCCCGUGUUUAUCCUGAUGGAGCACGUCGUCCUGCAAAAAAUGCGCGAGCUCAUAGGCUGGAGCGGCGGUGAUUCCAUCCUUGCUCCUGGGGGAUCCAUCAGCAAUCUUUAUGCUUUCCUCGCUGCCAGACACAAGAUGUUCCCGACGUACAAAGAGAAGGGGCUCUCCGCGAUCGGUGGACAGCUCGUGAUGUUUACAUCCGACCAGUGCCAUUACUCCGUGAAAUCAUGCGCUUCCGUUUGCGGCCUCGGCACGGACAACUGCGUGAUGGUGCCUAGCGACGAGCGCGGUCGCAUCAUUCCAUCGAAGCUGGAAGAAUUGAUUCUGGAGCGCAAGGCCAGAGGUCACAUACCGUUCUUCGUGAACGCCACGGCGGGGACGACAGUUAUUGGUGCGUUCGAUCCGAUCCCGGAGAUUGCCGAUAUCUGCCAAAAGUACAGGCUCUGGUUGCAUGUCGACGCGGCUUGGGGUGGUGGACUGCUUCUGUCGAGAAAGUACAGGCAUCCGAGAAUGACCGGCGUCGAACGGGCUGAUUCGGUGACAUGGAACCCCCACAAACUUAUGGGAGCUCUGCUUCAAUGUUCCUCUAUUCACUUUAAGGAAGACGGCCUACUGAUCAGCUGUAACCAAAUGUCCGCGGAGUACCUGUUUAUGACGGACAAGCUAUACGACGUGAGGUACGACACUGGCGAUAAGGUCAUUCAAUGUGGACGUCACAAUGACAUUUUCAAGCUUUGGCUGCAAUGGCGCGCCAAGGGCACAGACGGUUUCGAGAAGCACAUGGACCGAUUGAUGGAGCUGACGGAGUACAUGGUCAAGAGGAUUAAGCAAAUGCCCGACAAGUAUUACUUAAUCCUCGAGCCUGAAUUGGUCAACGUCUGCUUUUGGUACCUGCCUACGCGCGUGCGAAACAUGCCACAUACCACGGAGAGGAUAAAAAUCUUAGGCGAGAUUUGCCCAAUUCUGAAGGGACGUAUGAUGCAAGCUGGUACAUUAAUGGUUGGCUACCAGCCGGACGACCGACGGCCCAACUUCUUCAGGAAUAUCAUCUCCAGUGCCGCCGUGACGGAAGCCGACGUCGACUUCCUCCUGGCCGAGAUGGAUCGACUGGGUCAUGAUUUGUAAGAAACCUGUCCAUAAACAUUAAUCGUACAAUAUGCGAUUAGACGACUGACACAUACCGUUGGCCAAACCGCACCGCUGUCACGUAACUAUUCAGCUAGGCACGUCGAGGGUUUCGCGACGCGCUCUUAAAUGAUGGGUACAAAAGAUUCGAGGCUCAGAUCCAAAUUUAGAAUCAACGAUAUGAAUAUAAGACACGCGAAAAUAUGUGCGGUCUCAUUAUUAUAACAGCUUCCGACUCAGUGCUUGAUCUGACUUUUCGAGGAGUAAUAUUAAUCUUUCAUCAGCGACGCGGAUCAUUUCACUCAGUUAAAGUUCUCUUUGAUUAAAUGUGACUAAUAUUGUCCUAUAAAUGCUGAUGAUAAAUAAUACGACAACAUUGCUUCGACGUUGUCCUGGUACUUAAAUUUUAAUCGAGUUGGUUAGCAAAAUAAUUUCUUGUUGCAUUUUUCUCGAAGUAUUAUAAAUCUAGUUGUAAAUGUAUAUUCAUCGCUCCAUAACAGGAUUCACCGAGUCUAAAUUAAUUGAUAGAGUAUAACUGUUGCCUAGGACAGCAGAAAAAAUUUAAUUUCGCACAAUCUCAUCUCAUUGAAAGGAGAAGGAGAGUGUUGGUUUUGUGGUGAAGAGUCAAUGUCUAGCUAAAUGCUUCCUCAUCUUGCGACCGGCUUGCAGGAGCAACUUAAAUGUUGAAAGAUAUUUAUAGUACAUAAGUUUUUUAGAUUUAAACGAAAUACACGGCAUAUCCGACAAAACGAAGAGUCAAGUUACAAAGUUAGAGAUGCUUCCGGCCGUAAGUUAUGCAGAUUUCUUAUUUUUUGCUGCUCGAUGCGUAUCCUCAUGAGCGAUAAAGCUACUAUUUCGUAUAAACCGAAGAGCAAUACUAGAUGUAGAUCUGCCUUCAAAAUGAGACAUUCGAGUAAAAUAUUUUAUUUCAAAACGUGGAUCACACAGAAGAAGGAGUAAGAGUGUUCAAAAUAUUUAUUACGCUUAACAAAUUAAUUUUAACACAAAUGUGCCACCUCGAAUAAUAUAUAUAUGAAAUCUGUUUUCGAAUAUUUAGCAAUAUCAAGUUGCGUAAGCAAUUUCUUGAACCUGACAAUAUUUCUGUUGAUACUCAUGAGUAUGUUAAAGCGUGUUUUAUUACAGUUAAAUAACUAUAUGAGUGUUUAAUAUUGCUUAAAAUUAUUUAAAAGUUAUUAACGAGAUGCACACUCGAAUAGGAAGAUUUAUUUGAGAUUUAAUCAAAACUUAUAAUUUACG